AGCGCCUAUUUCUCUGAACACCUUGCUUCUUGCCUCCUACUACCUGCAGCCACCAAUCUAUAUACCACUCCAUACCCAGGAUCUAUUGAUACUCUCUGGUUCUCCAAGCUUAUCAGCAGAACUUAAGCGAACUUUUACUCAAAAUGAACGGACUUGCCGAUGAACUCCUAGCCGAUCUCGAGGGUCUUUCUGAAGGCGAGCAAGAGUAUGAAGACGAGAACCCGCCUGAGGCGAAUGAAGCCGGACCUAGCAAUGGCUUGAAACGCAAAGCGCCAGAGGAUGAGGAGAUGUCAGAUAUAGAAGCCGAGGGAGACGAACAAGAACAGAAGGCAAUAGGUGGACUCAUACUCGAAGGAGGUAUCAAGCCUGCGGAGGAAUUGGAUGUUGAGGAAGUUCAGCGGAUGGAAUUGGGCGGUAUUGAGGACGUUCGCAAAAUUGCUAAGCUUGAGGGGAGCAAACGCAUGAAUGACAUCUUGAAGGAAAUAGAGAAGUACCAGGCGAAACCCAGUACUCCUGAAGAGAUGGCGAGACCAGCACACUCAAAUCCAGAAUAUAGUCUCAUUGUCCAGGCAAACAACUUGUCUGUAGACGUCGACAAUGAAAUUAUGGUUGUUCACAAGUUCAUUCGAGAUCACUAUGCACCCAAAUUCCCGGAAUUGGAACAACUGGUGGCAGAUCCUCCAAUGUAUAUUCGUUCAGUCCGUGCGUUGGGUAAUGCUGAGGAUCCGACCAAGGUCGACCUGCAAGGGGUUCUUCCACCCGCCAUCAUCAUGUCCGUCCUCGUUACUGCCACCACAACGUCCGGACAAACUUUACCAGAGCACGAAUGGCAAGCUGUCCAAAGAGCUUGCGACCUCGCUGAUAGACUAGAGGAAGCACGUAAAAAGAUAUUCAUGUAUGUGAGCUCGCGAAUGAAUGUUCUUGCACCCAACCUAUCCGCUAUCGUUGGUACAACUACAGCUGCGAAAUUACUUGGUGUUGCUGGAGGAUUGAGUGGCCUCGCCAAGAUGCCUGCGUGUAACGUCCACCUCCUCGGCGCACAGAGGAAGAUCGCUGCAGGUUUCUCCUCCAUCAUGCAAAAGAGACAUACCGGUUUCGUGUACCAGUCCGAACUUGUACAGCAGACUCCGCCCGAAUACCAGCUCAAGGUACAGCGCACUAUCGGAGCCAAAUGUGCACUUGCUGCUCGUAUGGACCUUGAACGAAGACGACGAGAUGGCAGUUAUGGUGAAGAGCUAAAGGAGAAGAUCGAGAAACACAUCGACCGUCUCGCCGCUCCACCACCAAGUAAGAUCGUGAAGGCUUUGCCGAUACCCAACGACGGACCCAAGAAGCGACGAGGUGGAAAACGAGCUCGCAAAGCCAAAGAAGCAUAUGCACAGACAGAAUUGCGUAAGAUGCAGAACCGUAUGGCGUUCGGCGAAGCGGAACAGGAGGUGGGCGCUUUCGACCAGACCAAGGGACUCGGCAUGAUUGGCACUGGGAAAGUCAGAGCCAAUGUCGGCGAGGCGAAGAGUCGAGCCAAAUUGUCUAAGGCCAACAAGCUUCGGACGGCAGCCCUGGCGAGAGCAGGGCAGGCGGCAGGCGGCACACAAACCUCUGGAACUGCAACCUCACUUACUGUUACCCCCGUGCAAGGUUCGUUGAUUCUUUAUCUUUAUGUUGAUCGUGCUCAUUUGUUUGCUGCAGGUUUCGAGUUGACGAAUCGGGCAGUGGCAGCUCAGAGGGUGAAGGAAGCCAACGACCGAUGGUUCGCGGGUGGCACUUUCUCAUUCAUGGGCCAGAAGGGUGCUUAACGUCCGCUUGGCACCACCCUGUACAAUUACACUCAUGAUAAUGCUUGUAUAUACAUAUGUAUGUUAUGAUGACCUGUUUUCAUUGUUCCACACAACAAACACGAACAGCAGCUACAGCAAUUAGAUGAACUACUACCUCUUACACAACGAAAACAACGAUGGAAGAAAAGAAAGAGCAUGAA